AUGACUCAUAAGAACUUCCACGUAUGGACGGAGUGCUGGAUGGAGCGUCCGGACCUGACCGAGGGCUUUGGUGGCUGGCAGGUAGUUGAUGGAACCCCUCAGGUGUUGAGCGAUGGGAAGUACCAAGUGGGCCCGUAUCCUGUCAAAGCAAUACAACAGGACAAAACAGACCUGAAGUAUGACGGAAAGUACGUCACUGCCGAAGUAAAGGCUGACUACAAAUACCACAAGAAGGAUUCUAAAGAGCCCAGCGGAUGGAAGCUGCUGGCGGUUCAGAAAGACAUGGCUGGACGCCUCAUCCUGACCGAGAAACUUGAUCUUCACGGCGAAACGCACGAAGCCGAAGACAUCACCCACACCUAUAAAAACAAAAAAAGCCUAGCGCGAGGAAGGACCAUGAGCGUCGUCGAGCUGACGUUCAACCACUCGAAGACGGUGACCGCUGGGGACACCAUCCACGUGGUCUACACGGUUAUCAACAACGACCUGGACGCACGCGAUGUCUCGGUGAACGUGGACGCAUCCGCGGUCACUUACAACAACCUCGAUCCCGCGAUGCUCGCGAGCACGUCACGGAAGUUCAAUGUGCCCGCUGGCGCCGAUGAGUCCUUUGAGCUGAACAUCGAUGCCGAGGCGUACGUGGGUAAGCUGCAUUUUGAGGGAAUCGUCCUCUUUAACGCCGUGGCUUCCUUCGAGGGCGGGAUCUUCAACACCCGAGACACCGUCACUGUCCAGAUGCCCCCUCUCAAACUGGAGGCAAGUGGUGGCCCGGGAGAGCCGGAGCUAACGGACGCCGAGGAGCGGGUGAUCGGCCUGCUCAGCGAAGCCUCCCUAGUAGGAAUCGAAGGGGCCUUCGACAUCGGAGCACGGCAGUUGGAGCGUCACGAACGGACCCAAGUAGCUGCCGAUCGCGAUUCGGAGAUCUCCCCCGAUUUUUUCGUCAUAGAUCCGGGCGCUGGAUCCAGCACUGCACCACAACGAAGUUGGUCGGUGCACUCAAGUCCUAGUACCUCGGAUGGCAUGCUGUGCAACCAGAGUGGAGGUGCAGUUGCAGAAGCCGUGACUUCACAAUUCCCUCAGUAG